AUGCGGCGCCCUUCCCUGGCGUGUCAGGUGGAGGGCUGCCCGGCAGACCUGGCCGGCCUGCGCAGCUACUUCCAGCGCCAGCACAUUUGCGAGGAGCACGCCCGCGCCGACGCCAUCCCCGACGCGUACGGUGGCUUCAUGCGCUUCUGCCAGCAGUGCACCAAGCUGGAGCCGCUGGCCGCGUUUGAGGGCACCAAGCGCUCGUGCCGCGCCAGCCUGGCCAAGCGCCACCUGAGGCGCAGCGGCGGCCGCCGCGCCCCAUCCGCCAGCGACAUCGCCACCCGCAGCUACAGCAGCAACGAGCAGGAGGAGGGGCGGGCGGCCAGCCUGGCGCACGGCGUGCCCGGCCUCGACGGCGGCGGCGCGGGCAUGGGUGGCAUUCAGCGCGCGGUGGCGUUUGCCGCCGCCGCCGCCGCCGCCGCCGCCGCCGGCGAGCGCGGCAGCCCCUGCUCCGCCGUGUCGCGCCAGCCCGACGGCACCACACGCAGCACCACCGCCGGCGCGCCCGCGCAGCUGGCGGCCCUGCUGGAGGCGGCGCUGCCGCCUCUUUCCUCGGAUGAGCCCGGGCCGGGCGGCAGCGCGGGGGCUGCGGCCGUCGCCGCCGCCGCCGGCGGCCUCACCCAGCACCAGAUGGGGCCCGUGCCGAUUGGUGCGGUGGAGCUCAAGGGCAGCAGCAUCCUGGAGCCGCAGCCGGAGCCGGCGCAGCAGUCGGGCCACCUGUCCGCGCACCUGCCGCCGCUGCGCCCCACGCCCAGCCACGGCGGCACUGGCCUGCCCUCCCUGGCCGCCCUGACCGGCGGCGGGCCGGCACUGGCCACCGGCGCACCCGCCGAGCCUCCGGCCAACUUCCUGGCUGCGGUGCUGGGCGGCGGCGCGCCGCCCUCGCCCCCCGGCAGCGCCCCCAGCGCGGCCGCCACAGCCUUCCACGCGCCGCGCGGCAGCGGGGACACGAUCGUGGGCCCCAACGCCAGCGAGCUGCUGCCGUACCUGGCCUCCGUUCUUUCCUCCCGCGCCAGCGUGGAGCAGCCGGCGGCGGCGCCCCGCGGCGGCGCCGCCGCGCUGCGCCUCGCCGACAUGGCGGCGCCGCAGCACGCGCUGCUGCAGGAGCUGCAGCAGCAACAGGACCUGGAGCAGCUGCUGACGGCGCUGCAGAUGCUGCAGCAGCUGCAGGGCCUGAUUGGCGGCAUCGUGGUGGGUCAGCUGCAGCAGCAGCUGGCGCGUGUCGAGGCGGCGGCGCUGCUGGACCAGCAGCUGCUGCCGCUGCUGGCGGGGAUCCAGGCCCGACAGGCCGCCGCGUCGGCGGCCGUCGCGCAGCACGGCGGCGCGAGCGGCGACCCGCAGCUGCGGGCGGAGGCGCGGGGCGUGCAGCAGCAGCUGGAUCACAUCCUGGGCCAGCUGGGGCAGCUGGUGGGGGUGCUGCAGGCGGCGCCGCCGCCCGGGCUCACUGCCCAGGUGCUGGCCGCGCAGCAGCACGCCGCGCAGCAGCAGGCGCAGCAGCAGCAGCACGCCGCGCAGCAGCUGCAGCAGCAGCAGCUGGCUGACGCCACGGCGUCGGCCCAGCAGCAGCAGAAGCAGGAUGGCGGCGCCGCGCACAGCGCGCCCGCCGGCCAGCUGGGCCCGGCGCAGGUCAACGGCGGGAUCGGCGCGGAGCAGCUGCACGCGCUGCUGCAACGAAUUUCCCCCAUGCUCAAGCGCCAGGAGUGA